AUGAAUUAGGAAUCUACAGAAAAAUCUCAAGAGAUUGAUUAGAAAAUCGUAGAAAAAAAGAGGAUAUGCAAAUUGUUUCUUAAAAGGAAAAAUAGGUUUUGUAAAUUUGAAUGUUUAGAAGGAUUUGACUACUGUCAUCAUCAUGCACAUGAAAAUGCACGUUUUUUAGAAGAAGAUACAAAUAGCAAAUUUUAAGAAAGCAAUAAUGAAUAAAAUGUUGAGCAGCUGAAAAGUAAUAUAACUGCUAAGACAGGAAGAAUACCUUGUCCACUUGACCCUAAUCAUAAUGUGGAUAUUAAUAAAUUGGAGAAACACUUAAAAAAAUGUCAGUCUUUUAAGUAAAAAAAUAAUGUGGAAAAUAACAUUUGGUUUUCUAAAGGAAUUAAUAAUAAAUCAAAUUUAAGUGAGUAGCAACAAUUAGAAUUAUUAGGGGAAGAACAAUAAUAAAAGUUGCAUGAUUUAGAUAAUAAAAAAUUUUUAUAGCAAUUAUAUAAUGAAUAAGCUCCUUAGUUGAAAUAGCUUGUAGAAAAGAUAUAAUAAAACUUUCAAAAAGCUGUAAAAUUGUACAAAUAGUAUGCUGAAGUUGAUGAAAUGACAGAAGAUGAAAUUUAUACUUAUCUUUUAGAUAUAAAUGAUGAUGCAGAUAAAGAAAAAAUUAUCAAAAAAUUAAAAACUGAAAAUUAGGCUUUUUCAGAUACUUAAAAAGACCAUAGGUAGGUAUGUAAAUUGGUAGAAGUUAUGAAAUAGCAAGGUAUAUGGAACAAUUAAUAUAUUUACAUUGAAUUUGGUGCUGGAAAAGGACUUCUCUCACAUGGUAUUGCCAAAUCUUUGUAGUUAGGAGAAAAUUCAGAAUUAACAUGCGAAGUUUUAAUGGAAUCCAUGAAAGAAAACUCAGUUAAUUGUAAGGUAAAUUUAUAAAAAAAGAAAAAGCUCUCAACAGAUGAAACAGUGGAAGAAAUUAAAGAAGAAAAUAAAGAUUUAAUGGAUUAAGAAUAAAAUUAAAAAGAUGAUAUUUAAGAGGAUUAACCCUCAUAUAAACCUUAUCAUGCUUGCCAUGUUUUAUUAGAAUUAGAAUCAAGAAGAAAUAAAAUGGAUAGAUUGCAUAGAGAUAAUCCUUUUUAUUUAAGGUAUAGAACAAACAUAUUAGAUUUUAAUGUAAAUGCUUUGCAUUAAAUUUUACUAGAAUAGAAGUAUCCUUACAUUAAUCAAGAUCUUCGAGUUGUUGGAGUGAGUAAACAUAUGUGUGGUGGAGCAACUGACUUAUCAAUAAACACCUUAUUAAACUGUUAAAACCCUUAGAAAUUUGAAGGAAUGAUGAUAGCUACUUGUUGUCAUCAUAGAUGCAGUCCUGACACUUAUACAAAUAAUGAAUUUUUGAUGAACGAGCUAGGCUAUACAAGUGAAGAUCUCUAAAUUCUUUUCUACUGCUCAAGUUGGUAUGUUAGUGGGUAAAUAAAAGAAGAAAUAAUGAAAAAAAUUGAACAAAGUGAAUAAAAAUAAGUGUCUGAACAAUUAAAUUAGAUAUAAAACGAGAAUUCUUAAGACAAUAAGUAAGAAGAAUCUAAAAAAGUAAUUGAAUAAUCAUAACCAAAUAACAAGGAGUGGCUCUCUUCAGAAAAGAAGUCUUUGAUUGGGAAAAUGGUAAAGAGGACAGUUGAUAUAGGAAGAAUUUUAAAUUUAGUAAAAAAAGGUAAAAAAGGAAGAAUCGUUAAAUAUUGCGAUUUUAUUUUAAGCCCUGAAAACUUUGUUAUAAUUGCUAAAUGA